UACAAACCUUACCUCAAACUCACAGAAUCCACCGAACCCGACUGGGUCUCCGACCUUGACCUCACCCAAGCAAAAGAACUCGGACAGGAACUCCUCGGCGACAAACCUUUGAAAGUCCUCGUCCUCUACGGCUCCCUCCGAACCCGCUCCUACUCCCGCCUAACCGCCUACGAAUUCGCCCGAAUCCUCACCCACCUCGGCGCAGAAGUCCGUGUCUUCAACCCCGCGGGCCUCCCUAUAAAGGAUGAUAACCCGGAGACAGAAAAGCACGCGAAGGUACAGGAGUUGAGGGAGUUGAGUGUAUGGAGUGAAAGUCAAGUGUGGGUUUGUCCGGAACAACACGGUAUCCUCACCGCUGUCUUCAAAAACCAAAUCGACUGGCUCCCCUUAAGUUUGGGAAGUGUGAGGCCAACACAGGGCAGAACCCUCGCCAUCGCCCAAGUCAACGGCGGCUCCCAAUCCUUCAACACCGUCAACGCCCUCCGCAUCCUCGGCCGCUGGAUGCGCAUGGUCACAAUCCCAAACCAAUCAUCUAUACCCAAAGCCUGGACCGAGUUCACCCCCUCCGACCGUCUCAAGCCCUCGUCGCUCCGUGAUCGCGUCGUCGAUGUUUGUGAGGAAUUGUAUCGGUUUGGAGCGUUGUUGAGGGGGAAGGGGGAGAUGCUUGUUGAUCGGUAUAGUGAGAGGGAGGAGAAGAAG